GCGGUGACGCUGGCACGGCUCCGCAGCCCCCAGCCCUCCUCUGUCACCGGAUCCCAGGCCAACAGGGACAACGGGAGAGAGGAGCAGGGACAGGUCGGUGGCACUGACGGGGUGGGCAUGGGAAUGGGGUGCCACACUGGUGGGCACAGCCCAUUGCGAGCAGUUGGGUGUCGCGCAUGGAAUGUCCGUGGUGUCCCAGCCCUGGAGGUGCCAAGGGGUUGUCCCUAUGGGGAAACCUGGCUACCCCUUGCCGGGGCUUGCUCAUGCCAAGUGGGGUGGGGGAGGGCACAGGGAUGGGGCACCCUGGCAGCAGGGACACGGCGUCUGGGGUUGCAGCCCCCCCAGCCACUCGCUGUGCCGUGGAGAGGCCCAGGAGGAGCCUUCUGGGGAGGUAAGGGCCUGUUGUGCUCCAGCUGCGCCGUGUUUCCCUAGUUACACCGUGCAGCUGGCCGGCUGUUUGCACCGCCCGGAGUUGAUUUUGGCAGCCCAGCGCUUCCCCCUCCUCCCCUGCACACCCGCCUGCCUUCCCACUGGUGGGGGGGACCCGGCACCUCCUUCCCUCCCUGCUGGUGGGGGAGACACGGGUGGUACACACCGCUCCCCCCUUCUUGUGCCCCGUGCCUCAGUUUCCACAGCUGGACCGUGCUCUCCCCAGGCCUUCCCAUGGUGUCUGCUCCCUGCCCACCACCACUGCUGCCCUCAACAUUCUGGGCACAUGUGGGUGAAGACCAGGAUCCGUGCUGGGUGCUGCUCCCGUACCCUCAGCCACGGCACCUCCCUGGGACCCCAGAUCUUGUUCCCAUGCUUGUGGGAAUGGUCCUGUGGUCCUGCUCUGGGAUUGCACUCUGCACUGGGAUUUGGGGAUGCCAAAGGCACAUGUUGUGGGGACUCGCAGCUCCCGCUUGCCCAUGCCGCCGCCUAUAAAGCGGGGCCGGGGCCGGCGGCCGGGCAGAGGCGGUGGCAGCGGAGGCGGCAGGCAGCGCCCGGCCCCCCCUCCCCGCCCCCGGCCGCCCGGUUCCCCCGGUUCCCCGGCACCAUGCGCACCGCCCUGCUGCUGCUCGCCCUGCUCGCCCUGCCCGCCCGCACCGCCCGCCCCAAGCUCGCCCUGCCCAUCCGGCCCGACAGCGAGCCGCUGCCCCCCGGGGGGGCGGCAGGUUGUGCCUUCGGGGGGCAUUUCUAUGCGCUGGAGGAGACGUGGCACCCCGACCUGGGGGAGCCCUUCGGGGUGAUGCGCUGCGUGAUCUGCCAUUGCGAGACGCAGAGGAAUCGACGAGGGAAACCAGUGGGGAAAGUGAACUGCAAGAACAUGAAGCAGGACUGCCCUGUUCCCACCUGCCCUCGUGCUACACUGUUGCCCGGGCACUGCUGCCACACCUGUCCCAAAUCCUUGCCAGGACCCCUGGAGAAGAGCUCCGAGCCACCUUUCGACACCUUUGAGUACUUCCAGGACAAGGAGGAUGAGCUGGACAAGCCGUACAACGACCGCUCCUACCUCAGCUCCGAGGGUUUGGCACGCGACGAUGCCCGCACAGAAUUCGUGGCCCUGCUGACGAGCGGCCCUGAGCCGUGGCACCCCACAUCCAGUGCGGUGGCCAAGGCUCGCUUCACCUUGCUGCGCUCCUACCUGCUCUUCUCCAUCAGCUACGAGCGGCUGGGACGGCCGAGCCGGGUGCGUUUCAGCGACCCCGAGGGCACCGUGCUGUUUGAGCAUCCAGUACAGAAGAGUGCAGCCCCUGAGGAAGGCAUGCUCUGUGGGAUGUGGAGGACGGUGUCCAAAGCCAACAUACAGCUGCUGCGUGCGGAGCAGCUCCGCGUGUCCCUCAUCACCCGUGCACAGCCCUCUGGAGAGGUGCAUGGGCACAUCCUCAAGCACCGCGCGCUCUUUGCAGAGACAUUUGGUGCUAUCCUGACCUCAUCAGACCCUGCACAUCUUGGGGCCGGGGGCAUGGCCAUGCUGACACUGAGUGAUACUGAGAACAACCUACACUUCAUCCUCAUGGCCCGUGGGCUGCUGGAGCCGAGUGCUGGGGAGUCCCCCUGGGUACCGCUGCGGGUCCGCAUCCUGCACCAGGGCCAGACGCUGCGUGAGGUCCAUGCCAACAUCACUAUGGAGGAACCCGACUUCGCAGAGGUGCUGAGUGACCUGUCCACCCAUGAGCUGCAGUGGUUGGCACAGGGGCAGCUCCACAUCGUGGCUGACACCGAGGGCCAGCACCCGCGCCAGCUGGAGGGCACCAUUACUGCCCGCCGCAGCUGUGACACCAUCCAAAGUGUGCUGUGCGGUGCAGAUGCAUUGCAGCCCACCAAGACAGGGGCGGUGGGCUCAGCCAAGCUGGCGCUGCAUGAGAACGGCACGCUGGAGUACCAGGUGCGGGUGGUGGGCACAGCCAGCGAGGUGGUGGGGGUCACACUGGAGACCAAACCGCGGCGGAAGAACAAGAGGAACGUCCUCUUUGACAUGACACCCAGCUAUAGGGACGGGCUGGCUCAGGGAGUGUGGCACAGCCCCAGCGCCCGCGAUGCACACAUGCUGCUGCAGAAUGAGCUUUUCCUCAAUGUGGCCACCAAGGACUGGGUAGAGGGCGAGCUGAGGGGCCAGGUCAUCUCCCUGCCCUAUAGUGGGCUCUUGGCCCGCUACACAGAGAUGCCGGUGCCAUUGGCGGGGCAGCUGGUGUCACCCUCAGUGAGCAGCGGGGCUGGGGGCCACGCAUGGCUGUCGCUGGAUGAGCACUGCCACCUGCACUACGAGAUUGUGGUGGCAGGGCUGGGCCGCCCAGCUGAUGGCACAGUCAGCGCCCAGCUGCACGGUGUGGCUGAGCUGGGCGAGAUGGGCUCUCGGCCUCACCUGCACAAGCGGAUGCUCAAGGGGUUCUAUGGCACUGAGGCUCAGGGGGUGGUGAAGGACCUGGACGCUGAGCUGCUGCAGCACCUAGCACAGGGCACUGCGUUCCUGCAAGUCAGCACCAAAGCACACCCACGUGGGGAGAUGCGGGGAUGGGUGCACAUCCCCAACCGCUGCCUGGCAGGAGGGGCCCGCCUGUCCACCGGGGGGGCUGAGCUCUCAGAGGGCCCCAAAAGCAGGGAUGUAGAACAGCUGAAAAAGGACCCCAACUCCUGCUUCUUCGAGGGGCAGCACCAUGCACACGGCACCCGCUGGGCACCUGACUACGACAAGAAGUGCUCCAUCUGCAGCUGCCAGAAGCGCACAGUGAUCUGCGAUCCCAUCCUGUGCCAGCCCCUCAACUGUACCCGCCAGGUGCACCCUGAGGAGCUGUGCUGCCCCGUCUGUGAAGAGAAGAAGAUGGAGCAGGAGGAGCUGAAGCUGGAACGGGCACGGGACAGCAGUGAGGGCUGCUACUUUGAUGGGGACAAGACAUGGCGAGGCUCUGGCACCCGCUGGCACCCCGUCGUGCCACCCUUUGGCCUCAUCAAAUGUGCCAUCUGCACCUGCAAGGGCACCACAGGGGAAGUGCACUGCGAGAAGGUGCAGUGCCCACGCCUCACCUGUGCCAACCCUGUGCGCGUCAGCCCCUCUGACUGCUGCAAGCAGUGCCCAGGUACAUACACCCUGCUCCCCCCUUGUCUACUGUUCCUCCCACACCCUUUGGGCAUGCAGUCUCCCUGUGCCCUCUCCACAGCCCCUGAGAAAAGCGUCCCUGAGCUGACCGAUGGCAUGCAGGCAGACGGACCUCGUGCAUGCCGCUUUGGGCGCCGCUGGUACCUCAACAAUGAGAGCUGGCACCCCUCAGUGCCACCCUUUGGGGAGAUGAAGUGCAUCCUGUGCUGGUGUGUGUCAGGAGAGACACACUGCCAGCGCCAGGAGUGUCCGCCAGAUGCCUGUGCCAGCCCCAGCAGGAGGGACAACCCCUGCUGUGCCAAGUGUCGCGCCCUGGAUACACCCCCAGAAAAGAUGCACGAAGCCACAGCAGAGUCAUGGAGCCACUGAGCAGUGAGCGCAACUUGAGAGCGCAGUGAUGCCGGAUGGCCCUACAGAGCCCCAUCGCCCUCCCCCUAGGGCUGGGCACGGGGCACAGAGGAGCAGGGAUGGGGAAGGCACCCCCUCUGGGCACAGCUGCAGUGCUGAGCCACCCUAGUAGCCAGCAGCAGGGCUGGGGGAACCAGGGCACUCUGCACUCCCACUCACGAGCUCCUGGCUGGUGGGUGCAGCAGGCAUCGUGCCCGCUUUGUACAUAUUGUAAAAUCCCUCUCACCCCCGUCUCACUGUGCCCACCCCAGCUCGUUUGGACUUGGUGUGUAAUUUAUAGGGACGGGGGUCCCAAAUGUAUUUAUUAAAGACAAAGAUAUUGCCCACUGCUCUCCUCUGUAUCACACAUUCAUG